GUCGAGGUGAUGGCAACGGUCGGGGAGAAGCUGGGAUUUCUGCAGAGACUUCCUAUGCUAAUGAAAGCCACGUCAGAUGAUGAAAUACCAUGUCCUGGGUAUCUGUUUGAAGAGAUCGUCAAGAUUUCUCACGAGUCUGUGGGAGCUUGCCUGUGCCUGCUUGAGUACUUGCUGGAGCGACUGCAAAGCAACUCCUGUAAUGUCAAACUGAAGGUUCUCAAAAUAUUGCAGUAUGUCUGCAGCCAUGGUUCCCCUCAGUUUACAUUGGAGCUUCGGAGAAACGCCACUCUUAUUCAGGAGGUAACAGUUUUCAGUGGGCCACCAGAUUUACUUCAUGGAAAUGCUUUAUACCAAAGAGUACGAAAAACUGCAGAGGAAUUAGCAAAUUUGUUAUUCUCUGAUGCUUUGCCAUAUCAGUCAUCUUACAUUUCAUCCCCUUCCCGACUGGGUCCACAGAUAGGAAUGGGAUCAAGCCCUUCAUCCGGGUCCAUAAUGCAAGGCUUUGGGUGCACACCAAGGAAAAUGUCUUCAGGUUCUACCAGCGAUGCUAUUCUUAAUAAAAUACAGAAAGCAGCAGAAGCAGUAGUGAACGUUGUACUUCCUCAAGAAAGCCCCAGAAACUAUGGAAACAGUUGCAAUGGCGAGGGCUACCAGCCAGUGCUGUCAAACUCCUCUGAAGCAAAAGAAAUAAAACCUAAAAAUCCUGUUAGUGCACAGAGUGCAAAAUUGUCUCGUCGUCAACCCGGUCAACCAGGCGGAGGCUGGGAAGAAAGUGACAGUGGGCACAGUUCCCAGAAUUCGUCACAGACUAAUUAUAUUUCAGAUGGCAGCAGUGGCAAAGCCGCUACAGACAGCCAGUCAGGAGGCAGCAGAGAGAGUGGGGACUUGAUGGAAAGAGUUGAAUCAGUCAACUUGAAUGACUGCAUGCAAGAAAUAAGUUUGGUGAACAACCUGACCCAAGGGUCUAAUGUGUUCCUGACCAGAGAUGAAAUGCAGCAUUUUAUCAAAGAGUGUGCAUUACUCAACUGUGAAGCGGUUGUAGAGCUUCUCAACGAGAAACUGAAGGACCCCUCUGAUAUUGUCAACAUGCGAUCAAUGAGCAUUCUUACCACCCUGAUGUGCUCUGAUCUGUUAUCAACUGACCAAAUAUUUGCAAUCACCCACAAAUGCUUGCAACAGUUGAGUGAAGGUGAACCAGGACCUGUGACCAAUCGAGCCACAAAGAUACUGAGGCAGUUUCAGGCUUUGAAUGGAAAUAAAUCAAUAACACAGGUUUCAUCAUCAGAAAUCUCUCAAGCUGUUUCCAGUGGCAAACACUGUCGAGUAACUGUAACCCCUUUAAUGGGACUCACCUCAGGGAUGAAAGAGAAGAUGAUGGUUCCGCCACUUCAGUUUCAUAUUGACUCAGAAAAGAUUUUCCCAUCAGAGAAAACACAGGUAUCAUUAUUGUGCUUACCUUCAUCUUCACAAGGAGCAGAGACGCAGGAAAACAAAGACUCAUUAUUUCCACCAUCAGAAUGCAAAGCUCAAAAUACAAACGUGACUCAAAAUACAUCCUCUGUAGUGGGUGCUGAGAAUAGAAACCCACCUGUAAACCUAAGUACGCUGCCACCAACAGGCAAGCAUAAUUUCCAUAAUGAACAGCAAACCAGACUAACUGAGAGCCAGAGCACAAUCCCUGAGGACACGACAGACAAUAGACCCUCUCUGUUUACUGAUAUGGUUCUUGUGGCACAUGAAGCAGCUCGCCCAUGUCUGAAGGCCUGUGUCAACCAAGGAUUUUCGAGUGAAAUACUGAGUGUAACAGAACAGAAUAACAUGUGCAGUAAGACAGAGGUGAAGCUUGUGUGCAGUAAUCUUGAACAGACCGACUCUGAAUCUAACCAACCAUCUGCAUUCUCAUUUCUUAAUACACCUUCAUGCAGUGGAUGAGUUCUUGUGUCAACUUAGCCAUAAAUUAAGGUGAAACUAAUAUUGCACUUUCCCUCACAAGAUACUUUAAUUUCUGUUCCUGCUCAGACACAGAACUUUGCCUUACCUGUUUAUCGAAGCCUUGGUUUCAGAAUGCAGUAUUUGUACACUUGGGUGACACAGAGCUAUGAAUAUCAUCAAGCAGAAAAUUUGAGGUCACCAUUUGUAGCUCAAAUUGAGACAGAUUUGAAGCCAAGUGAUUAAUUUUGUGCCUUCAAAAUACUACAAUGGAACAUUUAAGUGUGACUAUUGAAUGUGGCCGUUUAACAUUAAAUUUGUUUGUGAAAACAUUUAAUUGCACGUCAUACAUUCUUUUGCAGCAUACUUGGACUCUAUAUAAAUGAAACUGAAAAAUAUUUAUUAUUUAUGUAGCUUCAUAUCACAAUAAAAGCAUGCUCCAGAAGAACAUGAUAAAUAAAAGAUAUAAAAAAGCACAAGAGCAGAUUUCCUUUAUCUAGUUGGGCUGCCAACUGUUAUGGCCAAGUAUGGAAUGAAAUGGUUUACAAUUUUGAAGAUGGUUUCUGACAACUGUCUGCCUAUUCAGUUUGAGAAGGAAUGGAUUCUUUGUAUUGGAAGUGCAGCUGAAAUAUGUGUGUUUUGAUGUAUUGCAAGUUGUGGUAGCCUAACUUCCUGCUUUAUGGCAGCUGUAGAUUACACUAGGUAUGUCACAAUCAAAAAUAAAACUAAAUAUUCUUAAAGGACUACAUCCUGAAAAAUAACUUUUAGAUUUCAUCUGUUCUUAAGUUUGCUGAGUUCCUUUGCUGACAUUUUAUCUGAGACAAACACACCCGUGUGUUUUCAAAAGCUGAUACAAUAUUUAUUGGUGAUAAAUAGCAACAAGUAGACAUUUAAUUUUGUCAUGUGUAUCAAAUCUGUAAAUUUUCAUGUGCAGUGUAAUCCAAGGAUACAGUGGAAUUAAGAAUGAGGAAGAUGUCUGAAGACAGGUUCUUAAGCAAUAUAAAUUUAAAAAAAACAUUCUAAUAUAUCAGAUUGAUUUGCUUUGCUAUUCUUUCCCCAUUUUUUUCUGCAAGUAUCAAUUACCUGUACUGAUCACUACCAGUUUUGCACAAUUAUUCUGCCAACUCUGCCAUUAUCCAGUUAGUAAAAAGGAAAUGUUAUUAUGCAGAGAUUCCUGCAUGAUAUAUUUUUUCUUACUGGAGUGGGGAAACAUCAGCCAUGGGAAUCAAAAGUAAUAAGGCUCGAAAACUAGAGCAAUUGCCUUUGUAGCCAAGACCUGUGGAUUUUGCCAGCACUUUCAAUUGAGGCGAGCAAUGUUCAGCCAUUUAAACGACUGUAAACCUUGGAAGUUCCCAUGUAAUCUAUCAAGUUCUUGGGACUCCAGUCAUAUGGCCCAGUCUUCCUGAGAAUGCUUCAUUUAAGUUUGAAGAAAGCACUUCUGAGAGACUCUGCUAAUGAAUUAUCUGAAGUGAUGGUACUAAUUUACCAUCACGUGUGAUUUCAACAUAAGAACAUCUAGGACCUACAUGAUAAAGUUGUCAUCUAUUGCUAAUGGAACUGUUACCUGCCUCUACCAACUCCUCCCAAACAUUUCUCUUUAGUAUUUUUUGCAUUUCAUUUUCAAAGCAAUCUGCUUAGGAUUUUAAAAUAUAGUAGAUUCUAGUUAACUGGGCCAUCAGUUAAUUGGGGUAGCUGCUUAUUUGGGGCAACUCUUAAAGAACAAAAAAAAAAAUCAGGAAAAUAGGCAGUGUUCUCUUCAUUUAUUUGGGACAGGGGACGUUGGAGAAGUUUCUAACUAGUGUGAGUUGUCUGCACUUUUGGCUAUUAAAGACUGCACCAUGCUUAGAAUGAACAGUUUUUAAAUAGCAAAUCGUAAACAUGAGAAAGUCUGCAGAUGCUUGAAAUCCAAAGCAACACACACAAAAUACUGGAGGAAUUCAGGUCAGGAAAUGAACAGUCAGUCAAUAUUUCAGGCCCUGAAGCAGGGUUUCAGCUGGAAAUGUUGACCAUCUAUUCAAUUCCAUAGAUGCUGCCUGACCUACUACGUUCCUCCAGCAUUUUGUGAAUUUUUAAACAAUAUCAGCUGUGUGUGUUUGUGUUCAAAAAGCAGCGAUUUUUUGUCACAUAGUUGAUGUAAAAUAAGCAGCAAGCCAAUUUGGAAUUGUUUGGCUCACUGCAGUUUCAAGCAUUCAGGCUUGGAGAUACCAGACAUGGCCAGGAGUGAAAAUGAAAUGAUUUCGCUUCAAGUUAGGAACCAUAAAGAAUUUGAAGGUAUCUCAAAUAAUCUUGAAUGUUCAAAUGAAAAAUGAAGGUUUGGAGGAUGCAAUCAUCAAAAGCAUAGUAUUAAGGACAAUCUAUUAUCUAGAUCAUAGAUUUCUCCACAAUUUUUUAUAAGGUUAACAGUUUUAUAGUACCAUGGAAGCAUUGUUAGUGCUUUAAUUUGUUCUAUAAUUGAUUUAUUUGUUACUCAGCUAAACAGUAGUUUGUCUUCUUUAAAUACAUUUUUAACUAUUUCCAUGAAACUUGGGCUAAUUAGGGAAGCUGCUUAAUUGGGCCAAAAUGCACCGGUCCUGUUGUGCCCAGUUAACCAGAAUCCACUGUACAUAUCUACAUUGGGAUCAUUUUGUUCUGCUUUUCCUUAAGAAUAGAAAGAAUGCUAAUAUCAUGAAGAUUUUGUCUCACUUUUCACUGCAUGUUAUUUGAACAGCUCAUGGGGAAGAAUGAGUUAUUUUAAUCUUAUAAAAAUUGUGGAGAAAUCUAUGAUCUAUAAAUAGACCUUAAAUCCAACGGCACCAGAGAACUUCUUAGUUUAGCAUCAGUAAGAUUUCUAAACUGGCGGUCUAUAUUGCCUCCAUGCUGUUCAAUAUCUGUCUUGUAUGUCAGCUGUGGCUCAUUUAUUAGCCUAUACUCAUGUUCAACGAAGUGAGGUUGAGUUAAAGUUGCACUUUACAAAUGCAAGUACAAAAAGCCAAGUUAACCAUUGACUCUAUAGUACUGAGGGAGUGGCUGCAGAAGCAGAGAUAACUGAUUUUGCUCAAGACAUUUAAAUCUGCCUGCUUUCUAAUACAUACACUAUAGACCUGAUAAUCGUACCGCUAAGUGUGCGGAUGUCUGUCCCUGCUGUUCUAUCCAUUAUUUUAUUCCCGCAACUUCACUUAGAUAGCUUGGUAUUACUACAUUUUUUGUGGGAGAUUGUAGAUCCUCAGUUAGUGACUAUUCUUCCAAAUGUAAAUACCAUGGAACCCUAGUGGGACACAAAAAACAGUGUAUCAGCAGAAGUUAUUUUUAGGUGAACAGUGAAUAUCACUUUCUUUCCUACAACCAUAGAAUACAACAGCAAAACAAAAAGCACUGUUUUAAAACCUAUAUUCACAGAGAUGUAUAUCCAAAUUUAUAGGUGAGAACACCUAAAUUACAACACAAAUUAAUUUACAAAAUGUCUUCAGUAACAUUUAUAUAAUAUUCAUACCCAACUUAUACCUGGAAUUCAAUCUUAUCAGACAUCUCAGCUACUAAAUCCAUUACUCGGUUCUUUGGCCAACUAUCAGAGAGCAUAAGGCAUCACAACAUUCACCAAUUUGGUUUUCUUUCUUCCUUUGAGCCAGAACCACACCUUUAGUUCAUAACAUGAAUUAAUUAGCCAUUUCUCAGUAAUAUCACAUUGAAGAUCAAUAUAGCUAAAAUUCUUCACCUUUCUCAAUGUCCCAAAUCUUAAUGUAUUUCAGAUCAAAUGCAAAUACUACCAUAAGACCACUUAAAAUAUGAAGAAUCAAAUGAGCUAUUAGACUAAAAUAAAGUAUCACAAUUUGCUAUCAGCUGGAACUAAGUUUCCACAAUGUAUUGAACAAAGGCAAUUUCAAAGGUAAACAUAUUAAAGAAGGGCCAAUAUCAAGAAACUGGCAGUGCUUUCAAUAACUCUGAAAUCAAAGACCAAGGCAUCAAAAAUUUAAGUAAAAUAAAUUUUAUUUCAAAAUUGUUGAAAGCAAGAAAUGGAUUUCUCUUAAAAAAUGAAGUUUCUACAAUAGGCUUUGCCAAUAUGAGAUCUUGAAUAGUCAUGAAUUUUGUUACAGCUUAAAUGUCCAAAAUACCUAUUUUAAAAUUUAAAACAAAUCUAAUCUGUGCAAAUCCACUUACUUGUAUGUUGCAUGUAUGAGGAUAAACAAAGACCCUCAAAUUACACUUACUGGUUAAAAUUAAGUCCUGAAAUGGUUACUGAAUGCAAGCCAAGUUAGAUCAGUAAAGUAUUUUAUUAUUCACCAGGAACUGGUGUCAAAAGUUGCAAACACCACAUUUGAGGUACAGUGUUCUGUUUCCUUUCCAUUGUGGCCCUCCACGUAUUGCUCUAAUGAGAUUUAUUGAUGACCUAACUAGCAAUGUAACAUCUACCACUUUGAACAUACUGCUUGAUGAAAAAAAAAAUAACAUUUUUAAAAAGUGUACUGGCUCUUCAUUUUAAAACCUUGUCCAUAUUAUCUUUUUUACUUGCUGCCUCCCUAAUGUGCAUCAUCUCAACGCCACAGUGAAAUGAUUGUAGAGUAACUGCAAGCAGAGACCAAACCGACAUACUUUAAGUUAUUAUUUGCAUUUUAUCCUGGGCAAAGUGCAAAUAAAUCCUUCAGAAAGGAUGCAUUUCAUCCUUUAAAUUAUUUGCUGUGAUUGUAGAUCUCAAUGAGAUGCCUGUUGUAGUACUUCCCCAGAUGAUAAAGAAAAUCAACUGUAAUACUCUCAAGUUCUGCCAUAAGAAAUUCUAACUUAAACUAAAGUUGGUAUCAAUAUAGUAUUUUUUUUAUCAUCCAGAAGACUAAUUUCUUACUUAAUAUCAACAUAUGUACUCAUUUAAAAUGUUUUCACUUUAAAAUGUAGUCACUUGUUCCCAAUUCAAAUUGAUCAGUGAUUUAUUGAAAAAUAUGAGUGCAAUUAAACUGUAGAGCCCAUGAACACUUAAGAACAAACUGAUGAAUUUACUGACAAGUAAAAGUUAUUUAAAACAUUUUAAAGAGCAAGCUGUCCAGAAUCUUAAUGUUAUAAUAUUCUGAACUGUUCCAGGCUGAACCUGAUCUUUAAUACAGUGGCAAGUUAAAAAGGAUGCAAAUAAUAAAUAAAAACUGCACAGAGUGCUGUGCAACAACACCAGAUCUCAUGGCAAGUUAGUGUCAAAACUAACAUUCACGUACUCUGGACUUCCACAUCACUGUAUUCUUGAUUGUAUUUCAAAUGAUCUUAUUAAAUUUUAUUGAGCAAAAACGGUUACAAUAAUUUUGCAGAUUUUUUCUGAAGGAUAAAUUUGGUAAUUUUAGUUUUACAAAUAAAGUUUCAGUUCUACAACAAAUUAAAAAAAAAUCCCUGACGAAAAUCAAAUUUGCAGUUCCAUUCUAAAUUAAGAUUCAGGCUGGUACACCCUGAGGCUUUCAUAUAAAAACAGGAAUGUCAUUAAGUGUGUCAUUGACUAAUACUUGAGAAAUGCUUUUAUUCAAACAACAGUUAAAUAACUUAAGAUAACUAUUUAAUUUUAUUUUCCUAUUGCCCUCAAGUUGUGACUCUUGAUAGGUUGCCUCUCUUAUACCACCCAACUGUCAGCAGUUUUUGACCACACAAUUCUUUGCUACAUGAACACAUCUGCUAUGGAUAAUCAGUUAAAAAAAGGCCUUCGACUCUUUGCAACCAAGAUCAAAUAGUAACAAAAACUAGGGAAUCAAACCUCAAACCUCCAGACCAGCAGACUAAUUUCUCAAUUUUCUCACAACCAUCAAUUUCAUUUGCAUGUUAAAGCUAAAAUACACUUCUCUGGGAAUGGCUUAUAACUGUAACCAAGGGUACUUGUUCUGCUUUAAUGCAGUUUAGGGUGCUUUCCAAAUACAAUCUCAAUGAAAGAAUAAUAUAACCAUGGAUUGAAAGAACCCAUUUUGAUUUUUUUUUGUUACAUAGGAUCCCAGAUCAAAUCUCAUGUACAAGCCUAAGGCAGGAAACUAAAAAAUGUACUAUAUGCACUUUAUGGUCUCUCAAAGAUCUGCUUGUAAAGUAACAUUCCAAUCCUAGUGGAAAUAUACAUUUGUUUUUAACACCUUCAAUUUGGCUGUAAAGCAGAUUCAUAUUUCUUUUUUUUAAAUACAAUGGAAAUACAAAACCAUUUCUUUGACCAAGUUGAACUUACUGUGUACGAAAUAUAAACACCAUCACAUUAUUUCUCAUUAUAAAACAACUCCAACAAAUUUUUGCAAUAUUAUUGGGAAGACUUUGCUCAAUUGUUGACUAAUUCUUCAGAGAAUAGAUUUACUGAGUCAGAUUUGUGCCACAGGGGUAAAUUAAGCAAUCAAGGCUACAGUUGUGCUGUUAUAGUCCCCACAAAUUUGAUAUUAGUUAUGUCCAACGGCAUUUGAAGAGUGAAGAGAUGGUAUUAUUUUAAACCAAAUGGAGCAAAAAGGAAAAAGAUUGUGCAAUUUCAAUCAUCUAAAUACAAACAUCCACUGCAAAAAAAGUUACAUUUACAGUCCCCGUCCUUCAUUGAAGGCACACAG